GCCCGUUUCUUGACACCAUUUUGCGUUCAGAUCCAGCGUGAGCCGUGCUGGGGCUGCAGGUGCCAGCAGCAGAGCAAGAGAGGCUGUAGCGACCUUACAGGGCUGUAGCGGCCCGUAGGACAACCUAGCUUGCAGAAACAGCCCUAAAAAAUCAGGGGUUAUGGAAAGCAGUCUUUCCCCUCUCUGAAUAUUGGUCAAAACAACUUUUUAAAUACGCCUGGAGCAUCUCUUGAAUCUGAUGGCAGGUGAGAGAAGCGCCGAGAGAUGCCCAAACUUCUGCUCGGCGCUCCUGGGAUGCAGAGGGAUAGGUUUCGGCCGAGGAACCCCGUAACCUCUCCAGGAACCGAUGGCCGUGCUGUGCAGAGGGAGGAAAUGCCUUUGUAGCGAGUGCCUGCUGCCACCGGGUGGUAACCAGUCUCCACUGCAUUUGUACAGGCCUUGCUGAGCUCUUAUUUUCGUGCACGCGAUAAUUUACCCAGUGUCUAAUUCGUUCGUGUUCGCGUCCUUUUUUUAGCAUAGUUUCCAGAGCGAGCAAAACGGGAUUCGCAUCUGAGAGCAAAGAGCUGGGUGGAAACACAGAACGUGGAGAGAAACGCAUCCUUAACGAAGGCUGCGUCUUUUUCUACUGAAAUGUUUUUAACCCGCUUCUGCCUUUUGGUGUCUCUUUUUUUCUGCUCAUGCAGGUGCUCUUUUAAGCAGCGCUUUUUGGGGCAGAGGCAUGCCAGCUCUGACACUGUGUUCUCUCCCAGAAUGGUGCUUGUGGGCUGCAGCUUUUUGUAGAAGUCGUUGCUUUCUGUUACAAGGUGUGCUGCAUCGUGACAGGAGCAGGCUUUUUAAAGCUGUUUGCUUUGAGCCUUCUUGGCACAUUCAUGCUAGGUUUUUUCUCUGCUUUAAAAAAAAAUAUAUUUAAAGUGCUUGGACAAUUUUUGCCUCUCUGCUUUAAUAGGAUUUGCAGCUGUGAAUGCGCUUUAAUAGAAUUUACAGCUGGGCUGAAGUAUUCCCUCUCUUAAAAUAACAUUGCAGCUUCGUGAUUCGGGAGAAUGUGCCUCCCACUAGCUGCUUUGUCUGUAGCUCUGAAUGCUGUGGAGCAAGAGGAGAAUAUGAGCAAAACCAAAACUUUUGUAUGUGGCAAAAUAGGAAGCAUAACCCUGUGGUUCAGGACUGGAACUAUAAAUGAGUGCACUUGGGUCUUGUUUGGUUUUUUUUUUUUUGGCUUGGCCAGUGCCUUGCUUUCUGCUCCCGCAUGCAGCUGUUAACCUGCCAGUUUUUUCUGUCAUUAAAAUGGGAAUAGGAAAACCUCAGAGCGUUGUUAGAUCAUUAGGUGAUCGUUCUGGGGAUCUUUAUGUACUGUGGCGCACUGGAUUAGAAAGAUGGCAGGUGGGAAAUGGUGCAGGAUGUGGUGUCGUUGGAGCCCAGAGAGAGCUGCGGGUCUUCUGUUUCUCAAACUGAAAAGCAGUUGGUGGCUGGGGAACCAACGGAAGAAAUGUGUUAUCUUAAAAAGCUGCAUAACAGAUACUGCCUGCCUUUGUGGCUCCGGGCCAGCAGUUUUCAGAGCUGGUCCCAGAAUGUCAAUCCAGAACAUACAGAAAAGAAAGCAGCGAGACUCUGCAAAGUGUUUUAAAUCUUGCAGUUCAGGUUUCCAAAACCAGAGGGAGAACUUCCUUGGCAUCAGGGAGCUACUGAGGCAGCUUUCAAGCUUGGAAUGGAGCUGGUGAACAGACAGGAUCCCUACCUCCGAGAGGUCGUGCGGUCUGCAGUGUGCUGCAGAGCCCUGACGCUUCUGCUGCAGGCAAGUCUGAUCCUGAACCGAAGGUGCUGCAGUGUCUGUUGUUCGCUGCUCAAAGGCUUCUCUCCUUGGUACCACCUGGUGCGCCACGAGCUGGCUGCUUCUGUGGGGCUGGGAAAUCGCCUUCCCAUGUGGAGAGGCAGGAGGCCAGCUGCAUCCAGGGAGGCCGUGUUCAACCUCCUGAUCCCGGACCACGCUGCGGAUGCCUUCUCCCCGCCUCGACUGCCCGAGCCCGGCGCGUGGGACUUGCUGGCGGAGCGGCUGCUGGGGGGCCUGGCGCGCUGGGACGCCGAGCACUUCCUCUUCAUCGCCGAGCGGGGCUACCUGUACGAGCACAACUGCGCCUUCUUCCCUCUCUACCCCCUCAGCCUGCGUGCCGUGGCCGAGGGGGCUCUGUGGCCCCUGCAGCCGCUGCUGCGUUUGCGGAGCCGCCUGCUGCUCUCGGCCGUCCUUCUCAACUCGCUCUUCUCCGUGCUGGCAGCCGCUGCCCUGUACGAGCUGGGCUGUGGCGUGCUGCGGUGCCGCAGGGCAGCCUUCCUCGCCGCCCUUCUCUUUUGUAUCAGCCCUGCCAACGUGUUCAUGGCAGCUGCUUACUCGGAGAGCAUGUUCGCCUGCCUGGCGUUCAGCGCCAUGUGGCGACUGGAGAAGGGGCAGAGCUGGCUCAGCGCUCUGCUCUUCUCCCUCGCUUCUGGCGUGCGCGCCAACGGGCUGGUCAAUGCCGGCUUCUUCCUCUACUCCUGCACUAAAUGCUUCGCCCUCGGGUUCCAGGUGGGCUCAGGACCGGGAAGGAAGCUCUCUCCUUUAUGGAGGCAGCUCCUUAGCGUGGCGUCUUCAGCGGUUGUGACGUGUGCCGGGAUUUGCCUGCCUUUUGUUUUAUUCCAGUAUUAUGCCUACGUGAGGUUUUGUGGCCCUGGCACCGGCCUGGAGCUGGAUGUCCCCAAGCCGCUGCGGCAGCUGGCUCUGGACAAAGGCUAUCAUCUGGCAGCCACGAGCGGGGUUAAACCCACGUGGUGCUCCCAGCGGUUCCCUGUGGUCUAUUCCUAUAUUCAAGAUGUUUACUGGAACGUAGGCUUUCUAAGGUAUUUUGAGCUCAGACAGGUACCAAAUUUCUUGCUUGCUUUGCCUGUCACGUUUCUGGGCUUCUGGGCUGCCGGGACCUACGUCGUUGCAAACCCUCGGCACUGCCUGACUCUUGGUCUAGAGAGAAGAAAGGAUGAACAAGAGGGUAAACCAAGAGCUGGAUUUUGCUGCCCCGCUGUCUUUGUGUACGUGGUCCACGCCACGGCCCUGCUGCUCUUUGGAUUCUUCUGCAUGCACGUGCAGGUGCUGACCAGGUUCCUCGGCUCCUCCAGUCCCGUCCUCUACUGGUUCUCGGCCCACCUCCUGCAAGAACACGAGCGCUGGCUCUGGACUGAAGGCGCUGCCGGGCAAACCGCGGUUCCUCCCCCCACGGGGUCGGGGCUGGGUGCGUCGCCUGGCUCCUGUGGGACGGGGGCUGCGGCAAACCCCCUGCUCAGGCUGCUGCGGAGCUACCCCCUCGUGACCCCCCGCAGCAAGUGCGUCCUGGGCUAUUUCCUGGCCUAUUGGCUGCUGGGGCUGGCUCUGCACUGCAACUUCUUGCCUUGGACGUAGGCAGCGGCUGUGCCUCCGUGUCUGCACAGGCUGCAGAGGGGGCGGUCAGCAUAGAAACUCACUUUUUCUAUUAAGAAAAAAAACAAA